CGCUAGGUCACGUGCCUGUGCUCACGUGCCAGAAGCUGCUGUCACUUUGCAGCUGUUUCGGCUUCCUCAGAGUGAUCUCUUAACGUCUCCCGCGGUCUCUCCGGUGGCCGCCGAGCCUGGGAGCUCGACAGGCGCCUGCCCGCCCGUGCGGCCCUCGCGUCCCCGCGGCUGUUCAGGACCGGCUGCUUUCCCUGCGGGCCGGAUCUGUGGAGAAACAUUCACUAGCAUAUUAGAUGACCAAAAUGGACAUUCGUGGUGCUGUGGAUGCUGCCGUCCCAACUAACAUCAUUGCAGCCAAGGCUGCCGAAGUUCGUGCCAACAAAGUCAACUGGCAGUCUUAUCUCCAGGGGCAAAUGAUUUCUGCUGAAGAUUGUGAAUUUAUUCAAAGGUUUGAAAUGAAAAGAAGUUCCGAGGAGAAGCAAGAGAUGCUUCAGAGUGAAGGCAGCCAGUGUGCUAAAACAUUUAUAAAUCUGAUGACACACAUCUCCAAAGAACAGACAGUGCAGUAUAUACUAACCAUGGUUGAUGAUAUGCUGCAGGAAAAUCACCAGCGUGUCAGCAUUUUCUUUGACUAUGCAAAACGAAGUAAGAGCACUGCCUGGCCAUACUUUCUGCCAAUGUUGAAUCGCCAGGAUCCCUUUACUGUUCAUAUGGCAGCAAGAAUUAUUGCCAAGUUAGCAGCUUGGGGGAAAGAACUGAUGGAAGGCAGUGACUUAAAUUACUAUUUCAAUUGGAUAAAAACUCAGCUGAGUUCACAGAAACUUCGUGGUAGCGGUGUUGCUGUUGAAACAGGAACAAUCUCUUCAAGUGAUAGUUCUCAGUAUGUGCAGUGUGUUGCUGGUUGUCUGCAGCUGAUGCUCCGGGUCAAUGAGUACCGUUUUGCCUGGGUGGAAGCAGAUGGGGUGAACUGUAUAAUGGGCGUUUUGAGUAACAAGUGUGGCUUUCAACUUCAGUAUCAAAUGAUUUUUUCCAUAUGGCUCCUGGCAUUCAGUCCUCAAAUGUGUGAACACCUUCGUCGCUACAAUAUCAUUCCUGUUCUGUCAGACAUCCUUCAAGAGUCUGUCAAAGAGAAAGUAACAAGAAUCAUUCUUGCAGCAUUCCGUAAUUUCUUAGAAAAAUCAACUGAAAGAGAAACUCGACAAGAAUAUGCUCUGGCUAUGAUUCAGUGCAAAGUCCUUAAACAGUUGGAGAACUUGGAGCAGCAGAAGUAUGAUGAUGAAGAUAUCAGUGAAGACAUCAAAUUUCUUUUGGAAAAACUUGGUGAGAGUGUCCAGGACCUUAGCUCAUUUGAUGAAUACAGUUCAGAGCUUAAAUCUGGAAGGUUGGAGUGGAGUCCUGUACACAAAUCUGAGAAAUUUUGGAGAGAGAAUGCUGUGAGGUUAAAUGAGAAGAACUAUGAACUCUUGAAAAUCUUGACAAAACUUCUGGAGGUAUCAGAUGAUCCACAAGUCUUAGCUGUUGCUGCUCAUGAUGUUGGAGAAUAUGUUCGGCAUUAUCCUCGGGGCAAACGGGUUAUUGAGCAGCUUGGUGGAAAGCAGCUGGUGAUGAACCACAUGCACCACGAAGACCAGCAGGUCCGCUACAACGCUCUGCUGGCCGUGCAGAAGCUCAUGGUGCACAACUGGGAAUACCUUGGCAAACAGCUCCAGUCAGAGCAGCCUCAGACUGCUGCUGCCCGGAGCUGAGCUGAGCUCUUCAACUUUUCUGCACCUCUGAUGGACCACUGGAGUGAGAACCUCAGUCCUUAGAUCAAAAAUGAAUAGUUUUUAAUUUAAUGGUAAUUUUUUUUUCUUGUAUAGCUUUUCUCAGUGGUAAUUCCUGGGUGAAUAAAGGUAUUUGCUUGUUAAAUUGUUAUGUAGGGAAAUAUUACUGUUACUUACAUUGCCUACAGUUUCUGUAUUUAUUGUUCUCUGGAAAUAAAGAUUAAAGGAUUCUCACUCCAAA